AAGCAAAGCACUACCACUAGCUUAGCACUCGACACAAAACUCUGAGCUUUCUGCCAAGAAAGAAUGUGAUACAACCAUGGUCAGUGCCAAGAGACUUUCUCAAAUGGCAAGGAAGUGGCAAAGAGUGGCAGCCAUCGGGAGGAAGAGGCUCAUGUGGACUUCAGCAAAAGAAGUCGAUGAGUGCUGCACGUCUGUGGCAGUGAAGGGCCACUGCGCCAUGUACACUGCUGACGGGAGGCGGUUUGAGGUGCCAUUGGCGUACCUCAGCACGAUGAUCAUCGGGGAGCUCCUGAGGAUGUCUCAGGAGGAGUUUGGCUUCACAAGCGAUGGAAGGAUAACCCUGCCUUGUGAUGCAGCUGUGAUGGACUAUGUCAUGUGCUUGCUCAGAAGGAACACAUCAGAAGAGGUAGAGAGAGCUUUCUUGAGCUCUGUGGUGAGACCUUGCCACUAUGGAAAUGGUUUGGAGCCAUCUAUUGGAGUUAGCCAGCAAGUAGCUGUUUCUGGCUUCUGAGGAUUCAGUGUUCGUUUUACCUUCUUUUGUCUGUCCAUCCUUUUGGAUGAUGUAAAUAGUUCUAUGUAGGAGAUAGGAAAUGAAAGAAUCAUAUGGCAAGUUGACCAUUUGACUCUUGUCUUGACUUCUGUCUGCUUAGUUCCUCAAUUCUGUUUGUCUGGCGAAUUAAGAUAAGGCUCUAUUGCGUAAGGCAGCAAACUUCAGACUAAAGUUGAUGCAAGCACACCAAACUUUGAACAGA